GUGUACCAAAACGGCAUCGUUUAAAGCAUUCCACCCUCCAAUGGCCGCCCAGCUCAAUUACCAACUCUAGCGAAAAAAAUUUUCAUUGGCCUCACUAAACAAUCACUAUACAAUUUUUGCAGUAAAUUGGAAAAAACCAAAUGCUGAUUUAGAUUUUUUUCGAUUUUUGGUGGGAAAAAAAAUGAUGGUAUUACGAUUGAAAUUAAUAUAUUUGGUGUGUUGUAUUUUGUGUACAUCGUUAAUUGGUAGAUCUGUGUGUGUUGCUUCUAUAAACCAUCUUGGAAUUGCACCUCAAGAUGAGAAUUAUUACAAAGGUUUAUCAUCUGGUGCGAUAAAAUGCAAAGAUGGGUCAAAGAAAUUCACUAAAGCUCAGCUCAAUGAUGAUUUUUGUGACUGCCCGGAUGGGUCUGAUGAGCCAGGAACUUCGGCAUGCCCCAACGGGAAGUUUUAUUGCAAAAAUGCAGGACAUGUUCCUCAAUUCAUAUACUCAUCAAGGGUUAAUGAUGGCAUUUGUGAUUGUUGCGAUGGGAGUGACGAGUAUGAUGGUAAAGUUAAGUGCCCAAAUACAUGUUGGGAGGUCGGUAAAGUUGCUAGAGAUAAAUUGAAGAAAAAGAUUGCAACAUUUCAAGAAGGUAUAACUGUAAGGAGGAAGGAAAUUGAAGAAGCUAAACUUGCAAUAGCAAAAGAGGAAGCUGAAAUCUCUAAGCUGAAAAAUGAGGAGAAGGUACUUAAAGCGCGGGUUGAGCAGCUUAGAGAGAAAAAAGAAGCAAUAGAGAAGGCUGAGGAGGACGAACGGUUAAAGAAAGAAAAGGAAGAGAAAGCUCGAAAGGAAGCUGAUGAUGCUAAGCAAGAGCCAAGCAAAGCUGAGGAGAAAACUGAUGUUCAAGAAGAAGCUGUGAAGACUGGCAUCCAUGAUAAGAUUGGCCUUUUGGAAGACUCUCCUUCCGUAAAGGAUGCGGUAGAAGGCCAUGACAAAGCUGCAGAUGAAGAACAGCAUAGUGACCAUUCCGUGAACGAUGAGUUUCCUGUAGACGAGGCAGAGCAGGUGCCCAAAGAAUCUUCUCAGCAUCCUGAAAUAAAAGAAGAGCCGGCCCCUAACAAUAAUAAAGCUGAUGUUAGUAGUGGAAAUGAGGAGAAAGAUGCAACUGAAAAUACAGAGUCACUGUCAAACGAAGAGUUAGGUCGUGUGGUUGGUUCUCGUUGGUUAGGAAAAAAGAGCGAAAAGGAAACUGAGUCAGUUGGUGCUGGUACAGAUAGCGACCAUGAUGAGGCGCUAUCUGAUAACCAUGAAGAGGAGCAUCCUGGAUAUGAUUCUGAUGUUGAUGACCGCAAGUAUGGUGAUGAUGAUGAACACAAGUAUGACGAUGAUGACAGCGAGGACCAAGUCGAUGAUUUUGCUGGAGAGGACCAUGAUUCAAGUUCUCAUAAGUCCGAUUCUGAUUCUGAUGAUGAUUCUGAUUUUGCAGAUACCACAACCACAACUAGUCCUUCGUGGACGGAGAAGAUACAACAAACUGUAAAGAGAAUUUUGCGGUCUGUCAAUUUGUUCCGCACUCCAGUGAACAUUUCUGAUGCUGACAGCAUACGCAAAGAGUACGAUGAGGCGAGUGCUAAGUUGACAAAAAUCGAAUCAAAGCUAUCUAGCUUGAAGCAAAAGUUGAAACAAGAUUUUGGACGGGAGAAGGAAUUCUAUUCAUUCCAUGGUCAAUGUUUCGAGAGCAAGGAGAACAAGUACACAUACAAGAUUUGCCCUUUCAAACAAGCUUCCCAAGUUGAGGGCUACAGUACAACUCGUUUGGG